AUGGUCAUGGCUUCUCUGCUGCCUACAACUGCAACAACACUUCAACAUAAUCACACCACCUGUUUCUCUCCUCUCAAACCCACCAUCCCAAUUACCAUUUUCUUCUCAACAAACCGUUUCAAGAGUAGCUCUAGAAAGUGCAACGCAGUGUUUGGUAACAUUCCCAAAGACUUGUUAGAGACCACUUUUCACGUGGACCAGUUUCCUGUCUUCCAAUCAGUGUCAGUGAAGUUUCAGAAUGUAACUGAAGAUUUAUCAGACUUGCAGAGGUGGGGGUUUGUGAUACUUGCAGGCCUGACAUGGGCUUAUUUAACUGCCAGGCCGGGUGUUCUUGUCGGCGCCAUUGAUGCAUUCCUUUUGGCUCCUUUGCAACUCGUUUUGGACAGUUUAUCUGGAAGGAGAAAUCUCAAGAGAACUGAUUUUCUUAUUGGAGAUAAGCUAGGAGAAGGGUCAUUUGGUGUUGUUUAUUCAGGUGUUUUGGUCCCAAAGAAUGUAGAUGUACAAAAGUGGAUGCAGAAAAAUGGAAGAGGCAAGGCGACAAAGUUGGAUGCCAAAUCUAAGGACAAAGUCAUUCUUAAAAAGGUGAAGGUUGGAAUUGAAGGGGCAGAGGAAUUUGGUGAUUUUGAGGAGUGGUUCAAUUACAGACUCUCUAGAGCAGCUCCUGAAACAUGUGCUAAGUUUCUUGGAAGUUUUGUAGCUGACAAAACCAAUUCAGAGUUCACAAAAGGUGGAAAAUGGCUAGUUUGGAAGUUUGAGGGAGGGCGCUCUCUUGCUGAUUACAUGGCUGAUCAAAGCUUCCCUUCAAACUUGGAGUCUACCAUGUUUGGACGUGUCUUGCAGGGUGUAGACUCUUCUAAACGAAAUGCAUUGAUCAUCAAGCAAAUAAUGCGCCAGAUCAUUACUUCUCUUAAGAAAAUUCACGACACUGGCAUUGUUCACAGGGAUGUUAAGCCUGCCAACUUGGUAGUUACCAUACGGGGGCAGAUUAAACUAAUCGAUUUUGGUGCAGCAACAGACCUUAGAAUUGGAAAGAAUUAUGUUCCCAAUCGUACCCCUUUGGAUCGUGACUACUGUCCCCCUGAACUAUAUGUUCUACCAGAAGAAACACUUGAUCUUCCACCAGAGCCAAUUGCAGCUUUGCUUUCACCAAUCUUGUGGCAGUUUAACAGUCCUGAUCUGUUUGAUAUGUAUUCUGCUGGGAUUGUCCUCCUGCAAAUAGCAAUUCCAACCUUAAGGUCUUCAUCUGCUUUGAAGAAUUUCAAUUUGGAGAUAAGAACAUGUGGAUAUGAUUUGAACAAAUGGAGAGCGUCUACUCGCAUGAGGUCUGACUUCCAAAUUCUUGAUACUGACUCUAGUAGAGGGUGGGACUUGGCAACAAAGCUUAUCUCCAAGAGAGGUUCCCAAUUAAGAGGACGUUUAUCUGCUGCUGCUGCUUUGAGGCAUCCUUAUUUCCUUCUGGGUGGGGAUCAGGCCGCUGCAGUCCUUUCAAAACUAAGCUUUUAA